CUCCGCCGAGCUGCUCCGCACUUUCGGAACACCGCCCGACAUAGCUUCCCCGCAAUACGUUGGCAUAAGUAGGAGACAUGGCAAUAGAAAGUUGUCUCAUUUUCAAUAUUUGUAAAUAAUAUCGACGAACAGCUUACUUGACUGUACACUACCCAACAUGUCGUCGAUCAAACAAAUGAAGAAUCCCUCGUGGUUCCUCUCCGGCCCUCACUCAGCCGACAUCAGAGACCAUCUCCCCGCAUCUAAUGAUAUCCCCCAGAUCAAAGACCCUCAUGAUGUGCUCAUUCAAAUCUCUUAUGUCGGAGUUUGUGGCAGUGAUGUACAUAACUCCCCUCUAUCUUAUGUUGAACAAGCUCACCCGACUAUUCAGGUCCACUUCUGGCAACACGGCGGCAUCCAAGUCUUCGUCUCGCCCUCCUCCCCCUUAAUUCUCGGCCACGAGGCCUCUGGAACAAUCGUCUCCGUGGGAUCCAGCGUGACAUCCAUCAUACCCGGUGAUCGGGUUGCCAUAGAACCCGGCUUUCCCUGUCGCCGAUGCACAUACUGCAAAAAAGGGAAAUAUAACCUAUGCGCCGAGAUGCGAUUUGCUGCUGACCCUACACACAAUCAGCACGGAACGCUGACUAAAUACUACCUUGCCCCAGCCGAUUUCGUGUUCAGGCUACCAGACGACAUGUCCCUGCAAGAAGGCGUGCUGGUCGAGCCACUCAGUGUCGCUGUGCACACCGUACGACAUCUCGGACUACGCGCCGGUGAGGAUUUAGUUGUCAUGGGAAGCGGCACUAUCGGCCUCCUCAGUGCGCGAGUCGCGCGUUCCUUUGGCGCUGGCAGAAUUGUGCUGUGUGAUGUUUUGCCAGCCAAGUUAGAGUUCGCAAAGGGUUAUAUUGAGAAUUGUGAGACUUUUCUUUUGAACAAGGACGCGAGUCCCGAAGAUGAAUCCGAAAGACUACGAAAUACUCUAUUCUCCGCUGCGAAGGCUAGUUCCGAUGAGGACUCGCGCGGAGUAGACAACGUGAUUGAAGCCUCCGGUGCAGCGAGCGCUGUCCAGAUCGGCAUUUACAUUCUCCGCCCUGGGGGCUCGUACAUCCAGGCAGGCAUGUCUGGGCGUAUGAAGAUCGAGUUCCCGAUUAAUGCAUUUGGGGCGAAAGAGUUGAACCUGAAGGGCUGUUUCCGGUAUGGACCGGGAGAUUAUGAGUUGGCCAUGAAAUUGUUGACGGCUGGGAGAGUGGCUGUUAAGGAUUUGAUUAGUUCCGUCACGCCAUUUGAGAAUGCUCCGGAUGCGUGGGAGAAGACCGCGCGGGGGGAGGGAAUCAAGAAUCUGAUUGAGGGAGUGAAGGGUUGAUAUCUGUUGGUGUUGGUGCUGGUCUGGUGGCAUAUUACAUUUAUAUGAGUCACACCGGGAUGCGAAGUAGAAUGAUUCUCCCACACGGACUUGGGUACAACCAACCCCUCAUUUGC